ACAUUAAAGUGAAUCUUCUUUUAAAUUCAUCUGAUUCGACUGCAGUCUCGAGAGGAAUAACCAGAAAAUGAUUCUACUUCAUUUACUGCUGACGCUCAGCGGAGUGGGAUGCACAGUGGAGCAGAGCUUUGAGACAAAGACUGCUGCUGUUGGAGAGAACGUGGCUCUGACAUGUCGCUGUGGACCGUUAGAUACCGUGUUCUGGAUCAGACCUGUUUCUGGAAAACUUCCUGAAGUCUAUAAAAUAUUUAGCUCUGCAAGUUUUGAUCCUCGCAUCAGAUCCACAGAAGAGUCUGGGGCUUUUGUCCUGCGCAUCACAAAGGCAACUCAGAGAGAUACUGGAGUUUACUACUGUGUGAAAACAGAAAAACAAAACUUGACAUUUUUGAAAGGAGUGGACCUGAAAGUUCAAGGAUCAGAACCUGAAACCACUGCAGUUCCUCCUUCUGACCCGGUCCGUCCAGGAGACUCAGUGACUCUGCAGUGUUCAGUCCUCUCUGACUCUGAGACUAAAACAUGUCCAGGAGGACACAGUGUGUGCUGUUUGAAAGACGGAUCAGAUGUUGAUUCAAGUUUUAAUUAUAUUCAAGAAAACCCAGAAGGACUCUCCACAGAGAAAUGUACCUACGGCUUCUUCAGGAACGUCAGCUCCUCUGAUGCCGCGACUUGUUGCUGUGCUGUGGCCACAUGUGUGGAGACAGUUUGUGACACCAGACCAAAACCUGACACUGAAGCAGUCACCAUGUGGGCCAGUGCGAUUGUGUUCCUGCUAUGUGUUGCCUUUGCUUUAAGUCUGAUUGUGAUAACUGUCCUCAUUUAUUCCAGAGACAUUUGCAAAGGUGUGCAAAACCCUGCUGGGCAGCAAAGCCAGAAUUUAAGCAAUUUAAGGGUUUAUUCUGCUGCCGUCUUCACCGUUAUGAAAAAAGGCAGCGAUGGAACAGGAGACGCAGCGGAGAGAGAGAAGAUCUACGCUGCUGUCAGAGUUUUAGGGUUGAAUUAG